GGAGUCAAGGCGGCGGCGGCGGCGGCAGCGAGCAGCCCAUUGUGGGGAGGGACCGUCAGAGGACGCCGGGGCUUUGGCCUGCGGCCGGAAUAUUCGUGAUGGAGUGGCAGCCUGAUGAGCAGGGUCUUCAGCAAGUUCUUCAGCUGCUCAAAGACUCUCAGUCGCCAGACACUGCAACACAGCGUGCAGUGCAACAAAAAUUGGAGCAGCUGAAUCAGUAUCCAGACUUCAACAACUACUUGAUCUUCGUCCUGACCAGACUGAAAUCUGAAGAUGAACCAACCCGGUCCCUCAGUGGCCUCAUUCUGAAGAACAAUGUCAAGGCUCACUACCAGAGUUUCCCACAGGGUGUUGCUGACUUUAUCAAGCAGGAGUGUUUGAACAACAUUGGGGAUGCCUCUCCACUCAUCAGAGCGACCAUAGGUAUUUUGAUUACUACCAUUGCCUCAAAGGGAGAGCUCCAAGCUUGGCCAGAGCUCCUGCCUCAACUCUGUAACCUACUCAAUUCUGAGGACUAUAAUACUUGUGAGGGAGCCUUUGGAGCUCUACAGAAGAUUUGUGAGGAUUCAUCAGAGAUGCUGGAUAGUGAUGCCCUGAAUAGACCCCUCAACAUCAUGAUUCCCAAGUUCCUGCAGUUUUUCAAACACUGUAGUCCUAAAAUCAGGUCCCACGCAAUCGCUUGUGUGAAUCAGUUCAUCAUCGGAAGGGCUCAGGCACUGAUGGACAAUGUCGAUACCUUCAUUGAGCAUCUCUUUGCACUGGCAACAGAUGACGAUUCUGAGGUGAGGAAGAACGUGUGUCGGGCGCUGGUGAUGCUGCUGGAGGUUCGGAUAGAUCGACUUAUCCCACACAUGCAUAGCAUAAUCCAGUAUAUGCUGCAGAGGACACAAGAUGCUGAUGAAAACGUGGCAUUAGAAGCGUGCGAGUUCUGGCUGACACUGGCUGAACAACCGAUCUGUAAGGAGGCGCUGUCAGGACAUCUAAUACAAUUGAUUCCUAUCUUGGUGAAUGGGAUGAAAUACUCUGAGAUUGAUAUCAUACUUCUAAAGGGUGAUGUAGAAGAGGAUGAAGCAGUUCCAGAUAGUGAGCAGGAUAUCAAACCCCGUUUUCAUAAAUCCCGCACAGUUACACUCCAGCAUGAGGAAGAUGCUGCUGAGGAAGAUGAGGAUUUUGAUGAUGAUGACGACGAUACACUCUCCGACUGGAACCUGAGAAAAUGUUCAGCUGCUGCAUUGGAUGUCUUGGCGAAUGUUUUCCGGGAUGACCUUCUGCCUCACCUGCUCCCACUACUGAAGGGGCUACUGUUCCAUCCGGAUUGGGUUAUCAAAGAAUCUGGGAUCCUGGUUCUGGGAGCCAUUGCAGAAGGUUGUAUGCAGGGAAUGGUCCCAUAUCUCCCUGAGUUGAUCCCACACCUUAUACAGUGUCUGCCAGAUAAGAAGGCGCUAGUACGCUCAAUUGCCUGCUGGACACUCAGUCGCUAUGCGCAUUGGGUGGUCAGCCAGCCCCCAGACCAGUAUCUCAAACCACUCAUGACUGAACUUCUGAAGAGAAUCCUGGAUGGAAACAAGAAAGUACAAGAAGCAGCGUGCAGUGCGUUUGCUACGUUAGAGGAGGAAGCCUGCACUGAGCUGGUCCCAUAUCUCAGCUACAUCCUCGACACCCUGGUCUUUGCGUUUGGGAAAUACCAACACAAGAACCUGCUGAUUCUGUACGAUGCCAUCGGUACUUUGGCUGAUUCCGUGGGACAUCACCUCAAUCAGCCAGAAUACAUCCAGAAGCUAAUGCCCCCCCUCAUUCAGAAAUGGAACGAGCUGAAGGAUGAAGAUAAGGAUCUCUUUCCUCUGCUGGAGUGCCUCUCAUCGGUAGCCACUGCACUGCAGAGUGGCUUCCUCCCAUAUUGUGAGCCUGUCUAUCAACGCUGUGUAACCCUUGUGCAGAAGACACUUGCCCAGGCCAUGAUGUACAACACACAACCAGACCAGUACGAGGCUCCGGACAAGGACUUCAUGAUUGUGGCCCUGGACUUGCUGAGUGGCUUGGCAGAGGGUUUAGGUGGUCACGUGGAGCAGCUAGUGGCUCGAAGCAAUAUCAUGACUCUUCUGUUCCAGUGUAUGCAGGAUACAAUGCCUGAGGUUCGGCAGAGUUCGUUUGCGCUUCUGGGGGAUCUUACCAAAGCUUGUUUCCAGCAUGUCAAACAGUGUAUAGCGGAGUUCAUGCCAAUCUUGGGAACCAACUUGAACCCGGAGUUUAUUUCUGUGUGCAAUAAUGCCACCUGGGCGAUUGGGGAGAUUUGCAUGCAGAUGGGUGCUGAGAUGCAGCCGUAUGUAUCACUGGUUCUGAAUAACUUGGUGGAAAUAAUCAACAGACCAAACACUCCCAAGACUCUACUCGAGAACACUGCUAUUACUAUUGGCCGUUUGGGAUAUGUGUGUCCCCAGGAAGUUGCACCAAUGUUACAGCAGUUCAUCAGACCAUGGUGCACAUCUCUGAGAAAUAUCCGUGAUAAUGAAGAGAAGGACUCUGCCUUCCGUGGGAUCUGUAUGAUGAUUGGAGUGAAUCCAGGGGGUGUGGUGCAGGAUUUCAUUUUCUUCUGCGAUGCAGUUGCUUCAUGGGUGAACCCAAAGGAUGACCUACGUGACAUGUUUUACAAGAUCCUACAUGGCUUCAAGGAGCAGGUUGGUGAGGAGAACUGGCAGCAAUUUUCAGAGCAGUUCCCACCACUUCUGAAGGACAGGCUGUCUGCAUUCUAUGGCGUAUAGCUGAGAUUAAUGGAUACCAUGUCAGGUUUCUGUCGCUGGGCGGGCUAAUGGGAAAUCAUCCACAUCUUGGAGUUGCACUGCCCUGUCACUGGGGGGUUAGGGUGGAGUUGGUGGGACAAAAACAAGCUCCCUUUCUCUGAAAAUACGGGGGGGAUAGAGCCUCUAAACCAGAGCAAACUGGAUUAAUUAGCGGAGGGAUCUUGCACGCCUUCUCUCUGAAGAGAAUCUUCCACUACACACGGACAUUCCAAAGUUCUCGAGGGUCAAAUCUCUCAGUUGGACAACUCGGGAGGGGUCAAAGUGUGGGGAUUUUAGGGAAAAAAACAUUAAAUAUAGGCAAGCUUAGUGAAGAAUUCCACAAGAUUAACAAUCAGCUAGAUUCAAGCAGCCUUGUCCACAUCUAAAUUUGGAAAGUUGCAAGUCUGAUGCUUGUGCUGUGGUUUAAGAGUAGAUGUUUUUAAAAUUAAAAGGAAAACAAAUCUUUUUUAACACAUUAAAACUAGAGAGUGUACCAAGCUUUGUAUUGUCGCAUAGAUACCCCAGCAGUCAUCCAAGAGAGUCACUGUUUAAAAUCAGACUGCAUGGAGGUGAGCUAUAAUAGUCUAGUGAUCUCUGAAUAGAACAUAAUAAGUCGUAAUGUGUGUGUAGAUCAAGGCUUCCCUACCAUUUCCAAUGAGUCACAACGUGGAGAGACACUCAGCCCUGCGCUCCCCUCGAGGCCGGAAGUGGACAGGAGAGGCCGGUCUGAAAGCCUGUAACCUUGAUACUGUAAUGAAGCAAGUCUGUACUGUCAGUCUGUGGCAAUGCCCUGGUGAACUAUGAACUGUUGGGUUUGUUUUGUGAUAAUGUGCUGCUGCAUCCUCCCGUCUCCAUAUCCUUAAUGCAAACGUGUAAACUAAAUGGCAAGUGUUCAAAGAGAAAAAAAAGCAAACUUUUUAUAAAAAGACUUAGUUGCUUCUGUGGCCUUUUUUUAAGAUGUUUAGUUAGCUCCAUGUAACAGAACAACAUGACCAGCACGUGUCAUCAGAUGCUGCAGUGUUGACCUUAUCCUAAGUCAGUCGUGUCAGUUGUUCCUGUAUUGGGAUAGGCAGGUAAAGCCCCAGUGUGAAUUAGCUGGUGGGAACUGCGGGGGAUCAAAGGCUGGCAAGAGGAUAUUUAAUUUGAUUGGCUGGCAUUUCAUGUUGCCAGAUUGAGCCCUUCCUCUUGGAUGUUUUAUGUAAUUUAUUUCCAAUCUUAAGCAAAACUUCGUGUCGAACACACUUGUGGAUGUGCCUGCCUGUCACUUUCUUUCUCUCAAAAUAAAAACAAAUCGCUUUCUGUGGUUUUAAUGCUCCUGUGGCAACUCUUCCCUAAUGCAGAAUCUGCUGCCUGAAGGUGGGCUAGACACAACCUGAGAACCAGCUGGAGGGAUGAUGUGUGGAAAUUCAGCUGCACCUGUGUAAAUCCUGGAUCAAUAUCCUGUCAAUUAUUUAGCUUCCUGACUCUCCACAGAUUUUUGAACUUGGUGAAUGUUGGUCACCAUUGUUGUGGUCACCAUUGGUCAGUUGGGAGGCCUACAGUCUCCCAGUCUUGUCUCUAAGUCUGUGGUGCUCAAUGAAAGAGCCUUCACCCAAACCCUGUCCUUGACUGGGAAAACCUCACCAUGUGCAGUGGAGCUGUCACUCGUCUGGGGGCCAUAGCCUGGGUUUGGGUGGGGAAAAUGGAGUUCCUUUUCAGGUUGAAGUGUUCUGUCUGUCAUUCCUGUGGCUUCUCAGAUGAUUGUGUGAGUCCUUGCUCUUCCAGUGGGGUGUUUGAGGUGUGUAUGUCAGAUUUAGGGCACAUGAGCUGUGUGGACCAUAUCGGUGGUGCAUGAAUGUUGGGUGAGGUUACAAAUGGUGUUGACCCUUCAGGGUGGAGAAGGGUCUGGUAAUAGCUUGAGGUUUGUUCCUUAUCCCAUGCUAUUGGGAACUACUCAUGUUUCCCAUCCACCCUGUAUCCUCACUGCAGCAUGCUGACAUAAGUUCUCUGUUGCCCAUCUGCCCUUAAAUGUUCCUUUUUAUUGUUCUAAACUUGGAAGAAUCUCUACUCGUUAUAAUUGGUUGAUGUCAGCGUUUGAACUUCCUACAAGUAUAGAUUCUUACCGCUCAGGUGUGUAAGUGUUUGGACCCGUGUCUGGUACAUCUGUAGCUGGCUGUCGGAACAAACUCUAGAACGACCCUGAAGGAAGAGUGCACUAUGGCCAUAAAGCUGGAGGAACAGGCAGCACCAGGGGGUGACUGGGAUCUUUCAGGCAGUGAUUUACUAUGGAAUACCCUCCGGGAAAAAUGAUUAAGCUGAUUCCCCUGAUCUCUGACCCAAAAUCUUCAAGUGGGGAAGUCUCCUUGUGGUUCCAAUCAACCAUGAUGAAUUCAGUACUGGCUACAUAGUCCUGGAGCAGUUCAGCAGUUUGGAAUCAUCUGGAGAGAGAGAGUUCACAUUUGAAGUCCAAUUGGAGUUGUGACUCUUCACAGGCACAGAUAGAAGACCUAUUGGACUUAAUCUGUGGGUGGAGAAAGAGAGUCAUCAGGCCUGAGAUUCUCCAGUGCUACAUGGUUUUUAUUUGAGUUCCAGAAUCAGCAGUAUUUUGCUCUUAUUCUGAUUUAAUUCUGGGCUUGAUCUUCCUGCCAGUCGAUUCUGUGUCUGUUAAUUUAUUAAUGUUUGUUUAAUUGAUAGCUGUGGCCUCAGCAACAGCACAAGUGAGAAUGAGCAUGAGAGAUGGGUAAAUCUGUGAAUAAUGUUCCUCUGCCUGUCCACUGGACCCAAAGGAUUGGAUUUAUCUGGCUGUGAAUUGGGGCUGUCUGAUUAGCUAUUUGUGGGCUGUGAAUGUUGCAUGCGCAAUACAGUGUAUCUUCCUAAAUAUCAUUCGUAGAAAUAAACAGCAUUGUAUUUAUGUCAUGCUGGUGUAAUCAAGAUGUAACCUGUUUCUAACAGAGGGGGAGGUGAGAUGGGGCGGGAAGCAAAGAAACAUUACAAGAGACCAAUCCGGCUGCUUUGUUUUAAUGGAAUCAACGGUUUCUAUGCACUCGAUCAUUUCUAUUGAAAGGGGAAGAAUUGAAACCAUUUAUCAAACUUAUUGUCUGAAAGAUCCUUUCAGAUUUUUCUGCUGAUGUUGCUGCUGCAGAUGUUUUGUAGUGGGAUUAAAGAUAUAUCAAUCUGUCUAACUCUCUCCCUGUUGGUGGAAGCUAACUGAGAAAUGGCAGCUUUCCAUGGGACUCUUGUGUUUACUUGUAACAAUUCCAGUUUUUUUUUCAAUAAAUCAUUUGAAGCACA